GUGAAGUGCUCGUGCAGCUCUGGACUCUGUUCUCUGUCCCCUCAGAAAGAAAGGCAGUUAUAUUUAAUCUUGCCAAUGCCCUCCACCUUCAAGAAGGAUUCAUAAUGAAAGAACAGUAUCUCCAUAGCAACCAGGAAUGAUUUCAGGCGGCUGUAAAGCUGGUGAAUUUCCAAUGCUCUAAAGCUUCUGCAAAGGCCAUAAGCACUUGGGUAGAAAACAAAACAGAUGGUUCCAUCAGAAAAUCUUAUGCAAAUGAUGGUCUUGGUCCCCUCACUAGAUUUUUGCUAAUGAAUGCAUUUCUCUUUAAGGGGAACUGGAAGCAAACAUUCGAAGAAGAGGACACUCAUUUGAUAUAUACUUCCAGAUCACUGCAAAUUAAUGAAUCAAUUAUUUCUGUCCUUAUAUUUUCUGAUCAUAAUGUGAGUUACCAGGUUUUAGAGUUCCAUAAAAAAGAAGAAUUCAUUUUCAUUCCGAUACUUCCCACAGAAGAUGUGGCUAUUGAAGAAGUAGAAAAACUCACUGCAGUUCUUACUGUUAGUGCCUAUGCCCAAAUACAAUACUCAAGAAUAUUGGCUUCCUUCCCUCCAUAUGACCCAGGCAAUCAAAGUCGCUCAGUGAAAACUGAGUUCAAGUUAUCUUCACUGCAUCUAAUAACAAAUGUAGGUAGUGGAUGUAUAUUCAGUUCCUACAGAUUUACAAUAGAGCAAAUGGUACACUUGAAAAAAGUUUUUCAGAUGCUCAGUGUUACUGAAAUAUUUAAUAGUGGAUGUGACCUUUCAGGAAUAACAGAUGCUUCUAAUGCCCACAUUUCUAAAGCCAUUGAAAAAGUCUUAAUUGAAGUACCUGAAGAUGGAAGUGAAGCUGCAGGAUCUACAAAGAAGGACACAACCACGUGUUUAUUCAAACUAUGGGAUGCUGAGGGUCAAAGACCUAUUGGCUAUCCUCACCUGGUUUGGCCAGUUGGCCAAGACAGUUUACUGGGGUGUGGUCGCUGCACAUGUUACAGCUACUUGGAGCUACAGGUGAGAGCUGAGCAUGAGGUGGUCUAG